CUGGGCCAGGGGCUGGUCUCUACACUGUUACCCACACACCUUGCAGCUGCAGAGUGAACCAAGGAUAGGCUCCUUUGUCACAUUCUUUCUCAGCGUUAUUCUUUUGGAUCUGGAGAAUUUUGAACUAUGCAAACUCUUAAGCUGCUGUCUCAUCACUUGAGAGGAAAGACAUGUCUGCUUGAUCCUUUUCCGAGUCCUCGGAUCUAAACCCAGUCACGGAUUUAAUAUGAGCAGCCUUUCCUGGAGAUGUGUUUUCUGCUGUGCUCUCUUUAGUCUGACCUUCAUAAUUUUGGGCAGACUCACAGAUGCCACUCUGGAAGGCACCUCUAUGGGAUCUCUGGGUGAGCCUUAUUCUCAGGAGCCGGUGGCGUUCCCACAAAUCAUCCGGGUGUCUGAUGUGAAGGCAUCCCAAGACGGCCACUCGGUCACCUCUCGAAGGAAAAGGAAUAUCUUUUAUCAGAGUGGACUUCGACUGUGUGGACAAGAGACCGCUGAGGAAGUUGUUGCAAACCAUUUAGGCUACUUUUACCUCAGAGUGUGCCAGGAGACCGUGUGGGAGGCCUUCAAGAUCUUCUGGGACCGACUGCCCAGGCAAGAUGAGUACCAAAGCUGGAUGAACCAGUGCCAGGAAGGCACGGUCACUGUGCAGGAUAUUGGCAGAUACUUUAGCCAAUUAGAGGAGCAUCAAGCUCUGGUGUAUCAGAGAAUGUCACAUUCAGUUUUAAAAAGUGAGCCCACCAGGUCCUGGAAGCAUAUGUGCAGCACACCAACACCAGCGGGUUCAGAAAUUGUUGAAGCCCCUGAGUUAGAGAAUUUAGACAAAGGAAAGGAGAAUGCAGCCAUCAUUUCACCAGAGGUGGAAGACAGUCCACUGUCCAACGAAAUCCCCAUUCUGCCCACUGCUGCCACUGUGCUAGAGCAGGUGGUGGAGCUUAGCAUCCUCCUGACUGGAGAGGUCUUCAGCGACGACCUCAGAGAUCCAGCCAGCCUCAAGUUCCAGAUGCUCAGCAGAGACCUUGCGGAAAAGAUAGAAGAUGCUCUAGACGGGCUUCCUGGAUUUAAGAGUGUGUCUGUAAUUGACUUCAGACCACAGAAGGACACCCAGUGGAUGGAUGGCAUAGUGGUGGAUUAUGCAGUCACAGUAGUGGUGGAUGGAGCCGGAGUGAGCUCUGAACAACUGAACCACCUGACCCUGCAGUCCAACCUGGUGGAGAACUCGUAUCUUAAAGUCCAGGAGCCCCCCACAUCGGACUCCACCAUCAGUGAGAUUAAAAAUGUUUUCACCGAUGCCCAUCACAUCAUCGAGCUGAAGAGUGUGUCUGAGAUUCCUGAGCCUGUCAUCGCUGCAGACGGAGCAAUGGGCAUUGCUGUUAUUGACCUGUCAGAAGUCUUGACCCUGGAUGAUCCCACUGGAGAUAGAAACCUGCUCACACCAUCAGGAACCAACACUCUGGCAGCGGAAAAGGACAUUGUUAUUUUGGAGGAGAGUGAACUUAUGUCUCCCGAGGUGGCGCUCACUACCGAUCCACCUGAAGCUGGUAGCAUUGAGGAGGAAUAUCUGUCAGGGGAUCCUGCUCCAGAGACCAUCCCACCUAAAGAGCUCCUACCUGAACCUCUCUCCCCCGAUCUGCCAAAGAGCUCCACACUGCCUGAACCUCCAGUAGAAACUGAGGCCUCUGGGUCUGGCCGAGAUAACCUGGACAGUCUAAAUGAACCAUCCAUUGAAAAAGGCCAAAUGUCUCUUGUAGAAAAUGAGAAUGUUAAAUUAGAAGCUGAACCAGAGAACGUUGAUCUCACUACAACUUUUAAAGAGGAGCACCAGGAUGAGGUUGAGAUUACAGUGGAGCUUGAGAUCUCUACAGUUUUAACUAAAAAAGCUGUAGAAGAAGGCCACCCUGCUCUUUUACCACCCACAGAGACUGUGAAUAUACAAAGUGAAGUGUCAGAGCCUGAUGUAACCAGAACCACUCCGCAAUCUGAUGUUGAUGAACCUGUGGUUGGGCCACCAGAGGACUCAAACGAGGAGGGAAAAGACCCUGAUGGAGAUGUAGAUGUCAAUGGGCUGUUGACCUAUCCUGAUAAACCUGGAUUUGAUGAGAAAGGCUCUGACGAAAUAAUAGAGAGUGAUGGAAGUGAAGUGAAAGAUGGAUCUUUGGGUGAAGCCAUGAAUAUAGAGACACCAGAGAUCUUAGGAGAUCUUGUUGAGGAUGAGAUUUUACUGGUCAACAAAGAGAACCCAAAGUUAUCCAUGACAGAAUUUCCACGCCAUCCCUUGCCAACUGCCCUGUCUCCAGAGAAGGAAUUCCCUUUUACCAUGAUCUCCUCCAUUAUCCCAGACUCUGACGCCCCACAAGACACAGCCAUCACUGCAUUGAUGAAGACCACUCAUGAAGACCUAGAUGAUGCCAUCGCUGGAGAUCGUGGAUAUGACCUAAUUCCUUAUGAUUAUGGUUUGACAAACCAGACAGAGGAGGGCAGCACUGGAUCCCCAUUCAGUGUGGCCCAAGGCACAGACCAAGCCAGCAUUGCCAUGCCUAUAAACCCUAGGCGAGCUCUGAUAGUUUUCUUCAGCCUGAGAGUGACCAACAUGGUAUUUUCUGAAGAUCUCUUUAACAAGAGCUCCCCAGAAUACAAGGCUUUGGAGCAACGCUUCCUAGAACUGCUCGUGCCCUACCUUCAGUCCAACCUGAGUCACUUUGAGAACUUGGAGAUCCUGAACUUCAGGAACGGGAGCAUUGUGGUUAACAGCCGGAUGAAAUUUGGGAAGCCGGUGGCCCGUGGCGUCACCACCACUGUGUAUCUCAUCCUGGAGGACUUCUGUAACACAGCUUACCAGACCAUGAAUCUAGCCAUUGAUAAAUACUCACUGGAUGUGGAGUCAGGUGACCAAGCAGACCCUUGCAAGUUCCAGGCUUGUAAUGAGUACGCACAAUGUAAAGUGAACAAGUGGUCAGGGGAGGCGGAGUGUGUUUGUAAUGCGGGCUACUUCAGCGUGGACGGCCUGCCGUGUCAGAGCAUCUGCGAGCUGCAGAGCGACUUCUGCCUCAAUGAUGGCAAGUGUGACAUCAUCCCUGGCCAGGGAGCCAUCUGCAGGUGCCGUGUUGGAGAGAACUGGUGGUACAGAGGUGAACACUGUGAGGAAUACGUGUCUGAGCCACUGGUAGUUGGCAUAGCCAUAGCUUCUGUUGCUGGUUUCCUGUUUGUGGCGUCUGGAGUGCUGUUCUUCCUGGCCAGGACGCUACGGGAUCAGUAUGACAAGGAGGAGUCUGAAGAUCCUGUACGGCGAUUAGAAAGUCUACCAUCAUUGGAAAGGGCGACCAAAUACAACCCCAUGUAUGAAAGUGAAGCUACAACAGGUUACAGCCACUACUACCGUCGAUAUCCUGAAGCACCUGUGUACAGUAGUGCCAGCGCUGAAGCAUCUACUGACUUCAGCAGUGAGGAGAUACGACACAUCUAUGAAAACAGUGAGCUCACCAAGGAGGAAAUCCAAGACAGGAUACGCAUCAUCGAACUCUAUGCUAAGGACCGGCAGUUUGCAGACUUUGUGCGGCAACAUCAAGUAGUCCUGGAUACCCGCAGAGAAAGCUCCUCCACGCACACAUGAAACUGUGAACAACAAGGUACUGUAGGAACACAUGUCCUGAUCAGAAAUGAAGCUCCCUGUCUGAUCACCAUGCCCCUCAUAGUCCGGACUGUGUUUAGAUUAUUUUCAGCACUUUUGUAAACGUGACAGUAAGUCUGCAUCCAUCCCCCUUUGCAUGGGCAGGUGUUGACCAUUCUUCCACGUACCUCGGUGCCUUCUCCUGACUGGGCAAGCCUCCUGUGACGUUACGGCCCGUUUCUGUUCAUGUUUUUGAUGCUUAACUGCCACACUGUUGGUAAAACUGGGUCGCAUCCUGUUACUUGAACAGAAACGUAAAGACUAAACCAGCAAGUAACUUAUUGUUUAGUGGGGUAACUAUUUAUUUGCACCGUCUUCUAUCUGCUUUCUCUUAAAGGGGAAGAAUAUAAAUUGUAAUGUGUUUAUAUAGUUAAACCGACAUUUGUCUAUCAGUGAUAUACUCUGUUUAUGAUCUUUGUAAUUCUCAGAUUUAUUUCUUAGCUCUAUCAGAGAGCGAUUAAAAAAGGUUGUUUUUUGUAGAUGUUGGUGCUAUUUUACUGUAAAAAGCUCCUUGAAAUGUAUGAUGUCUUUGUUGUUUUAUUUACAUUUUAAAGCCAGCACCAAUAGAUGGACUCUGUUGUAGAACAAAUGUAUAAGUCAAUGUUUUGCAGUUUGGUCUGUUUAGGUCAAAUUUGCCAAAAUGUACGUGAUGUGGACUCCUGAAAACACUGACAUGCAAAACGUCAAAUACAGGGAUUUUUCUCAUUUUAUCACAUUACAACCCCAAAUGUCAAUCAAUAUUAAUGGUAAUUAUUAAGUAUUGCAUACAUUGGAUACAUGCAUUUUGUCUGAAAUUGGAAUAAUAUGGUGUGCAUAAGUAUUCAGUCCCCUUUAAUCUAAUAUCCCAUAAUAAAUUCCCGUGCAACCAAUUGCAUUCCAAAAUCACCUAUUUAGUAAAUAGUCUAUCUGCGUGCACCUUAAAUGAAGUUGGAAUCUAGCUCUUCUAUGAGGGCCUCGGGGGUGUCUUGAAGCCUAAGGAACACAUUAGACAGAUCAGGGUUAUAGUUGUGGAGAAGUUUAAAGCAGGAUCAGGUGGACCAACUGCAGUAAUACCAAGACACGGUCCACCUGUAAUGACUGUGCAUGGAGAGCAUUAAUCAGCAAAGCAUCCAAGAGGGAAAUCUGGACCAGCUACAGGGAUCCACAAUGCAGGCGAGAGAACCUGCUGCCAGGACAUUACAGGCCUAAAUACAUAAUUGCCUACAUGAAACAUGGUGGUGGCAAUAUCAUGCUGUGGGGAUACUUUUCUUCAACAGAGAGAGCAAAAGACUUGUUGACCUGUUGUGGAGGUUCACCUUCCAGUAGGACAAAGCCAGGGUUUCAAUGAAAUGGCGUAAAUCAAAGCACAUUCAUGUGUCAGAAUAGCCCAGUCAAAGCCCAGAUCUAAAUUCAGUUGAUGAUCCAAUCUAAGUCUUUAGAUCUGCCAAAACCUCAGGGACAUUCCCCAAUAAACCCGUAGCUGUAAUAGCACCCCAGAAUGGACUCGAAGAUGCCAAAAACAUAUCCACAACACACUUUUCAGACUUUUCUCGUAAAAUGUUUUCAAAAGCAUUUAUUUUCAUUAUACUUCUCAGCUAUUCUCCACUUUGUGUUGUGUUUAUCACUAAAAUCCUUUUAAAAUACAUUGUACCUGUAACGUGGCAAAUGUGAAAAAACUCAAGGGGUAUAAAUUCCUGUGCAAAGCACUUUAGUUUUGUUUGAGCGCCUAUUUUUGGAAAAUAUAAAGCGACAAUAAGCUGCACUCUUCAGAAAUCUAAAAGUAGUAGUCUACCGUCUUAGUGAUGGGGUUUGUUUCAGAUGUUUUCCUCCUCCCAGGUGAGUCCUCUGCCUUUUCCAUGGAUCUUUGUAGAUAAGGCGUUCAGCCCUGAGGGUUGAAUGUUGACAGUAACCCACAUUUAACACAACUCAGAGUCCAGGAAAAGCAAAAAACACAGCUUGAUAAACAACAGACACAAGAUUUUCUUAGAAAUCUCAGUACUGCUCUCUGUCUUUUCAAUCUGAAACCUGCUGGUGGACUAAUUCCAGUUUUUUUCUCUGGUAUUUGUAAACUUUCUUCUGGAUUUGUUAUCCUUGACCCCCAUUCAUUCAUGGAGUGGCCCUUCACAUCUGCACCUGGUUAUGUUCUGGUUGUGUAUGCUGUCAGCCAGUAUAAGCGUCGGCCAUGUCUGGAGGUCACAGCCCCACACAUCGAUCACGCUUUGGCUUCUUGUUAUGAAUAUAUCUUCUACUAGACGUCUACCCAAGUGAAAAUAAAUUUUUGGAGCAGACCUCUGUGUCACUGUCAUGCCUUUUGUAAUCAGUCAGUUCAGUUUUAUUUUCAUAUUUUUUUGUGCAUGCAUCAGGUGGAUGUUGCUGUCCUUCAGCAACGGCCACCUGGUUAAACCACAGUGGUGGGCACUCAUUUAAAACACACUGCAAAUAUAAUCAGUCACUGUGGCAUUGGUUCUAAUUCCUGUCUGUCUCCAGUUUCUCUUUGUUUUAUAUUGAUGACUGUAACCAGUUGAAUCAUCUUGUGCAGCUGUAAUGGGUAAAAAAAUAAAUAAAUGCUUUAUAUAAACUGCUGAA